CAUCGUGGAUGCCAUCAGAAGCCACAUUAACUGCAGGUUCUAACUCAAAAAAGUCACAUGCGUCUGAGUACUAUGAUGGUGGAGAGUUCAGGACACUGCAGGACAGUCAGAAGCUUCUUUUCCUCUUUGGCUCUUCUCCCCAUUUUCACGUGGAUGUUCAGGUUUCUGAUGGCUGUCUGUUUUAUCUAUGCUAGCAUGGAUAUUGGACUUUCCGGUCUUCAAACUUACUCUCCUAGCCACAGAAGAUGACCCUUUUAGUUUACCGCGAGAUAUUAAGUGUUUGGGAAGAUCCGAUUGGCUGCCAGCACUUGCAAGUGAAGAAGCAGCACAACUCUUUGUUUUGGAUUAUUCCUAGCAGAGAGGCUCCAACAAUUUUGCAGACGGACUCCCGGGCCUCUGGAACCCGUACUACGUCCUUCACGUUCAGGAGCAGAGAGCCUUUGUGAAACAGAUUCCUAAUAGUGGAGGUGGGCCAGCCAUGAGAGGGUACCUUGUGGCCAUAUUCCUGAGUGCUGUCUUUCUCUAUUAUGUGCUACAUUGUAUAUUAUGGGGAACAAACGCCUAUUGGGUGCCACCUGUGGAAAUGAAGCGGAGAAAUAAGAUCCAGCCUUGUUUAUCGAAGCCAGCUUUUGCCUCUCUCCUGAGGUUUCAUCAGUUUCACCCUUUUCUGUGUGCAGCUGAUUUUAAAAAGAUUGCUUCCUUGUAUGGUGGCGAUAAGUUUGAUUUGCCCUAUGGGAUAAGAACAUCAGCGGAAUAUUUUCGACUUGCUCUUUCAAAACUGCAGAGUUGUGAUCUCUUUGAUGAAUCUGACAACAGUGUGCCAUGUAAAAAGUGCGUGGUGGUUGGUAAUGGAGGAGUUUUGAAGAAUAAGACAUUAGGAGAAAAAAUUGACUCCUAUGAUGUAAUAAUAAGAAUGAAUAAUGGUCCUGUUUUAGGACAUGAAGAGGAAGUUGGGAGAAGGACAACCUUCCGACUUUUUUAUCCAGAAUCUGUUUUUUCAGAUCCCAAUCACAAUGAUCCUAAUACUACGGCGAUUCUCACUGCUUUUAAGCCGCUUGAUUUAAAGUGGCUGUGGGAAUUGUUGACAGGUGGCAAAAUAAACACUAAUGGUUUUUGGAAGAAACCAGCCUUGAACUUAAUCUACAGACCUUAUCAAAUCAGAAUAUUAGAUCCUUUCAUUAUCCGAAUGGCAGCUUAUGAACUGCUUCACUUCCCAAAAGUGUUUCCCAAAAAUCAGAAACCCAAGCACCCAACAACAGGAAUUAUUGCCAUCACAUUGGCUUUUCACAUAUGUCAUGAAGUUCACCUUGCUGGAUUUAAAUAUAACUUUUCUGACCUCAAGAGUCCUUUGCACUAUUACGGGAAUGCCACCAUGUCUUUGAUGAGUAAGAAUGCAUAUCACAAUGUGACAGCGGAGCAGCUCUUUUUGAAGGACAUUAUAGAAAAAAACUUUGUAAUCAACUUGACUGAAGAUUGACCCUACAGACUCAGAAGAAGAUGCUAACAGUAUUAGUUUUAUUUUUAUACUGCAAUUUUUAGUUUAUUUUUAAAUAUGUUGGAUGCACUUGUCAAGAAAUUGUGUACAUAAAAGUCUGUUGUCGCCUGGUGAGUCAUAACCACCAGCUUAAUUUCUGUGAAUAUAUUUAAUUUAUAAAAACCAGGAUAUAUUUAGUUAUCAGGGAAAUAAGUUUUGAAUGCAUUGUUUUUAAAACAACCUAGUUUUCUGAAGUGUUUUUAAACAUCUUUUUAUAGUUACUUCAUGUUAAGACUUUUGAAGGGAUGUGACUUCUUAGUAGGGGAUUUAGUUUACCACAACAAAUUUUGAACACAUUUUGAGAGGUGUACUCGUCUACUGUAAAUUGGUGGGGAAUGGAGAUGUGGUUGUGCCUUGAUAUGGCAAAAUGGAACCAUUUUAGGCAUGUAUCUAAAUGGUCGAUUAGUUCCUUUUUGUUGUCCCCAAGGAGACCGAUUUUAAUCUUAAAAGCAGCCCUGAACACAACGGUGGGUUAUGGUCAAGGAAAUCUAAGACCAUACUGGUUUCAUUAAGCUUUUAACUAAACCAGGAUUAUUAAUGAGUAAUUUCAUAGAAGGAAGGUGGUGUUUUUGUUUUUAAGGUGAAGGAAAUAGGCUAAACAUGAAAUUCUGGAUAAGUAAAUAGCUUAAGAAUACAAUUACUAAAGUCUGGUGACUGCAUUAUUUUUAAGUUUAUAAAAAGAAGCUCCAGGAGACCAUUGUUAAACAUCAUUUUCUGCCUUGUUUAAUGUAUUAAAAUUUGAAAGUUUACUAUUUGAAUUAAAUUAGGAAAAAUGACGACACAGUAAGUGAAACCCUUUAGAAGAUUCAAGCUGUUUUUGGAUUUAAAUGGUAUUUUCAUGAAAAAUCUCAACUGUCCACGAUUAAAUCACAUCUUCAAAGGGAAGGCUUAUCUGGAUACCUAGGGUGCAUCAGAAGAAUCCCACUGGAUGCAAACAAGUCAAAAACCAGUCCAGCGGAGGUGGUGAGCUAGUCUCCCUUCUCGUUUUGGGGAGGGAAGGGUAUGGGGGUGAGGGAAAAAGAAGUUACAGGAGGGCUGGAAUUAAAAGUUCUCACGAGGGGAAAGAGUUGAAAGAACUGCUGUCUUGAACAAGAAUUACCACUGGGAGACGAUGGAGACCACCCUGUCUCUCUGGAGUCUGUCAAGGGUGAACUGUGAGAGGGGACGCAGGAGUAAAUACUUGAGUGUAAGGGGGAGGACACUCUGAGGUGGAAAAGACGGGUAUUAGUGUGACCUGUCCCUCAUACCACACAGCCGUAGUUUGCAACCUAAUUUAGGCUUCCAAAAAGGAUGGUGCUGGCUCUAGUGACAGUAAAAAACCACCGGUAGCAUUUUCAAAUGUUACUGUAUGGACUAAAAUAAUGGCAGUACAGUCUGAUGCUAAAAUUGAGGGAGCUGGCAUUUUGUGUAGUAUGGGAAAAGGCUACAAACCUCAAGGAAGAAAAUUCUCAGCAAGACACAUAUAUAUACAAUUUAUUAAAAACACAAGAACACAUUAAAAUUUCACUAUUUAUACAAUCUAAAUCCUAGCAACAUAUACAAAUACCGAGUGACUACAGUACAUGCCGAGGUAAGAAAAGUACAUUCUGGGAGAAUCACUGACAAACCAUUUUUAUUUUCCAAUAUGUAUUUCAGUAUUCUGUUUGGUUUCUACCUUUCCCAGUGCAAAAAAAAAAAAAAAAAAAAAGAAACUAGUCACAAAUUGGAGCAAAUAAGAAUUGGUGCCACAGUUGAAAGUAUUUUAAUAACCAUCCAACUCUUAAUUGAUUUUGCAGUUUAGGGACUUCAAGUUCAGAACAGAAAGGCAGAACUAACAGGCAAUUUUUUAAAGGUAGAGCUUAAUUGAUUUCUCUUAAAAGAGUGUGACAAGUUUUUGGCCCACAAUGCGUCUUAUCGUCUGACAUGGCAUUUCCAUAGCCCUUUCACUCUUCAGGUGACCAGGUGGAGCCAAGGCAAGGAAGUUCCAAGCUUUCUCACUUUCCAAAGAAUUAUGGCCACAUUCAUGCUUAGAUGAGUGCAUUUUCUGCUGGGGCAUCGGAGGGCAAGAGUAUACAUGACACCGUAAUUCCAACUGCUGUAUAAAUUCUCUACACAAACCACUUCAUCAGCGGAUAAACCCAUUCAAUGCAAAGUGCAAAUAGUGAAACAUGAAUUUAAAUAACUGAACUAGACCCCGCAUAUACAAGAGGAUCUAUUUAGUGUUACAGCUUUUAAUACAAUACAAAUCAGCAUUCACAAUAUCUUGAACAGUGCUGGUUCCGAAGACCAUGUGUCAGAAGUCAGUGUGAUUUUAGGAAACCUGGAAGGGCCACACGGGCUGUACCAUUGUCUGACGAUUGUGCUAACAGGAAAAAAAUUCAUCCAAAAAAAACCAGUGACUUACGUGUCUUUUUUAAAUGUUUCAAGCAAAGAAUAAAAAUUCAAGGGAAUUUUGAAAAAACAAAAAAAAGGUUACUUUCACAUUUUCAGUUGUUACUUGAUUGUCUCCAAAGCUGUAUAGAUAGGUAUCAGACAUAGAAAUGGGGUUACAAAACCCAAAAGCAAAACUCUAAUGUGAAAACAAACGAACUCAAAGUACAAUAUCAGAACUCUUUGAGUCAGGCUCAGCUCUUCAUUUGGAAAGUAAAAUAUAUUUAUAAAAGCAGUAAAAACUUUUGUAAAAAUCACUGGUAGUUCAAGCACAGCACAGUGGCAAAAAAAAACAUGCAUCAUUUAAGAAAACAUUUGCCUCUCAAAAGUUCUGUGGGAAAAUCCCGUACACAACAGUAAAUAAAAAGAACAAGCAUCUUUGGGAAGAUGAAACAGUUUCUCUUAAAGCUUCUAGAACAGGCCUAUGAUUGGGUGAAUAAAAAAUAAAUUGGUUUACUCUUUUCCCCCCCGAAAGGGGAUAACUGCAGUAAUACAUGUGCUUUACACAUUUGUGUCUUAAUAAAAAGUUCAACAUCUGUGCUUUUUGUUUCAAAAUA